GAGCUCUUCCGCCGCUGGGGCCCCGCGAUGGCGGCGGGCGAGGCGGGAACCAUGACGGCGGAACUGUUGCUGCCGCCACCGCCGUUACCGCCAUCGCCGCCUCCCGGAGGAACCGGUACGGAACGGGCUCUAGAAGAAGCAGCGGCCUCCGGUACCCUCAGCCUGGCCGGCCGCCGCCUGCGCGCCUUCCCGGUGGCUGCGGCGCGGCGGUGGGACCUCAGCGACACCACGCAGGCCGACCUCUCCCGCAACCGUUUUGGGGAGGUGCCAGAGGCCGCCUGCCACCUCGUCUCCCUGGAGGGGCUCAGCCUCUACCACAACUGCCUGCGCAGCGUCUCCCCCGCCAUCGCCAACCUCCAGGCCCUCACCCACCUCGACCUCAGUCGCAAUCAGCUGACCUCGCUGCCCGCCUGCCUCUGUCUCCUGCCCCUCCGCGUCCUCAACGCCAGCAACAACCGCCUGGCACAGCUCCCCGAAAACAUCGGGGCGCUCGGUGCCCUCCGGCAGCUGGAUGUCAGCUGUAACGAGCUGCGGGCACUGCCCGCCAGCGUGGGGCAGCUGAAGUCGCUGCGGGAUCUCAACCUCCGCCGUAACCAGCUCACCGUGCUGCCCACAGAGCUGUCGGAGCUGCCCCUCGUCCGUCUCGACUUCUCCUGCAACCGGGUGGUCGCCAUUCCCUGCUGCUACUGGCGUCUCCGGCACCUUCAAAUCAUCCUGGCCGACAACAACCCCCUCCAGUCGCCCCCUGCCCAGGUGUGCCUGAAGGGCAAAGUCCACAUCUUCAAGUACCUCCACCUCAAAGCCGAGGCUGCCGCCGCCACGCGCCCCCCGCCAACAUGCCUCACAGAUGAGCUCUGCCCCCUCCGACAGCGUGGGGGGUUGGACUCCGGCUUCAACAGCGUUGACAGCGGCAGCAAGCGGUGGUCUGGCAACGAGUCCACGGAUGAGUUUUCGGAGCUGCCCCGGCAGCCCAGGGAGAAGCGCAGCGGUGCAGCUGGUGACAGUGACCCCGAGCAGGUCGACUUCAUUGAGGGCAGCCUCACCGGGGAGGAGGAGGAGGAGGAGACCCUGCUGGAGGGCAGCAGGGGACAAGCCCCCAGGCAGACAUCUUUACUGAGGGCGAAGGACCAGCACACCUUGCCAGGAUAA